GGAGAAGGAGAUUCUCAAUUCCAGCGACGAGGAAUACCACCAAAAUUGGCGGAAUUCAAGAUCCCGACGAUCCUAAGCUGUCAGCCGGCGCCGAGGAAAUCGAAAAGCACGCCAAUCUCCUGCAAGCGGAAGCUGGUGUCGGAGCUGGCCUUCAUUGACAUGGUCAACCGGGUGGAGGUCGAAUCUUCUUCCGAUACGGUUUGCUGCUGGCCAAGCGGAUCAGGUGCACCGGUCUCAUCCCUUGUAAUUUGUUAA